AUGGCGGAUAAUCUCCCUUCGGAUUUUGAUGUGAUCGUAAUAGGGACGGGUUUGCCUGAAUCCAUCAUUGCGGCUGCAUGUUCAAGAAGUGGCCAGAGGGUUCUGCAUGUUGAUUCACGAAGCUACUAUGGAGGAAACUGGGCCAGUUUCAGCUUUUCAGGACUGUUGUCCUGGCUAAAGGAAGACCAGGAAAACAGUGAUGUUGUGACUGAAAAUUCCAGCUGGCAAGCACAUAUUCUUGAGAAUGAGGAAGCUAUCCUUCUUAGCAGCAAGGACAAAACAAUUCAACAUGUAGAAGUAUUUUGUUAUGCCAGUCAGGAUUUGCAUAAAGAUGUUGAGGAAGCUGGUGCACUGCAGAAAAAUCACGCUUUUGUGACAUCCGCGGACUCCGUAGAGGCUGCAAAGGCUGCAGAGGCUGCUUGCCUGCCUACUGCAGAUGCAUCAUUAAACACUAGGAGCUGUGAAACACUAGCAGAACAAACUCAAAGCAGUGAGCCAGAGAGUUCACUAGCAGUAAAUGAUGCUGAAGCAGCAGGAGAAAAAGAAAAUCAUAGUGAUGAUAAAGCUACAGAAGAAGAGUCAAGUGAAAAUGUGCCUAAAGUACAAGACACCACAGAGCCACCAAAGAAAAAUAGAAUUACUUACUCACAGAUUAUUAAAGAAGGCAGAAGAUUUAAUAUUGAUUUAGUAUCAAAACUUCUCUAUUCUCGGGGAUUACUAAUUGAUCUUCUAAUCAAAUCAAAUGUUAGUCGAUAUGCAGAGUUUAAAAAUAUUACGAGAAUUCUUGCAUUUCGAGACGGAAUUGUGGAACAGGUUCCCUGUUCUAGAGCAGAUGUCUUCAAUAGCAAACAACUUACUAUGGUAGAAAAACGAAUGUUAAUGAAAUUUCUAACAUUUUGUAUGGAAUAUGAAGAACAUCCUGAUGAAUACAAAGCAUAUGAGGAAACAACAUUUUCUGAAUAUUUAAAAACUCAAAAAUUAACCCCCAACCUGCAGUAUUUUGUCCUGCAUUCAAUUGCUAUGACAUCAGAGACAACAAGCCAUACUGUAGAUGGUCUCAAAGCUACCAAAAACUUUCUUCACUGUCUUGGGCGUUACAGCAAUACUCCAUUUCUGUUUCCUUUAUAUGGCCAAGGAGAACUCCCUCAGUGUUUUUGCAGAAUGUGUGCUGUGUUUGGUGGAAUCUAUUGUCUUCGCCAUUCUGUACAGUGCCUUGUAGUGGACAAAGAAUCCAGAAAAUGUAAAGCAAUGAUAGAUCAAUUUGGUCAAAGAAUAAUUUCUAAACAUUUCGUUAUUGAAGACAGUUACCUUUCUAAAAACACAUGUUCCCGUGUACAGUACAGGCAGAUAUCCAGGGCAGUCCUGAUAACAGAUGGAUCUGUACUAAAAACGGAGUCAGAUCAACAGGUCUCCAUUAUGACAGUGCCAGCAGAAGAACCAGGAAGUUUUGCUGUUCGGGUCAUUGAGUUAUGCUCUUCAACGAUGACAUGCAUGAAAGGCACAUAUUUGGUGCUGACUUGUGUGUCUUCUAAAACAGCAAGAGAAGAUUUAGAACCAGUAGUACAGAAAUUGUUUACUCCAUAUACAGAAAUGGAAGCAGAAAAUGAACAUAUUGAAAAGCCAAGGAUUCUAUGGGCACUGUAUUUCAAUAUGAGAGAUUCAUCAGAUAUUAGCAGAGAUUGUUAUAAUGAUUUACCAUCCAACGUUUAUGUGUGCUCUGGCCCAGACUGUGAUCUAGGAAAUGAUAAUGCAGUCAAACAGGCAGAAACACUCUUCCAGCAAAUCUGCCCAAAUGAGGACUUCUGUCCAGCCCCACCAAAUCCUGAAGAUAUUGUCUUUGAUGGAGACAGUUCACAACAAGAAGCAUCAGAAUCCACUGUUAUAUCAGAGACCAACUCAGAGACUCCCAAGGGAAAUACAGACCUGGGAUACCCAGAGGAGCCCUCUAAGUAG